GUGGUACAAGACAGAUCGGGCCAGUUCAGUGUCAGUGUUGCGCCAUGUCACAGGGCAAGUUUGGCUCGGGGACCUCAUAGAGCAAUGGAAUCGUUCAGCGUCGCAGAAGUACAAGUUAAACGACAAGGUGCUGAAUAAUGAUUUGCCUUGUAAAAUAACGGUAGACGAGCUCGCCAGACCCAUCUCAGUUCCCCCAGCUCCCCCCCCUCCCUUCACCGUCCAGCCCCCCAGCUCAGCCCCCGGCAUGACGUCCAAAUCCUCCCUGCUGAAGGUGAUCCUGUUGGGGGACGGCGGCGUGGGCAAGUCGUCCCUCAUGAACCGCUACGUCACCAACAAGUUCGACACGCACCUGUUCCACACCAUCGGCGUGGAGUUCCUCAACAAGGAGCUGGAGGUGGACGGGCGCACGGUGACGCUGCAGAUCUGGGACACGGCGGGGCAGGAGCGCUUCCGCAGCCUGCGCACGCCCUUCUACCGCGGCUCCGACUGCUGCCUGCUCACCUUCAGCGUGGACGACAGCCAGAGCUUCCUCAACCUGGCCAACUGGAAGAAGGAGUUUGCCUACUACGCCGACGUCAAGGACCCGGACGCCUUCCCCUUCGUGGUGCUGGGCAACAAGCUGGACGUGCCCGAGAGGCAGGUGGCGGGCGAGGACGUGCGGCAGUGGUGCCAGCAGAACGGCGGCCACCCGUACUUCGAGACGAGCGCCAAGGACGCCGUCAACGUGACGGCGGCCUUCGAGGAGGCGGUGCGCCGCGUGCUGGCGUCGGAGGACAGGGCGGAGCACCUCAUCCCCACGGAUACGGUGGACUUGCACCGGAGGCCGCGCUCCGGCGCCUCCUGCUGUUGAGGUGGCGGACUUGUGGGGGGACGAGGACUGCCGCCAGCCGCCGAGAGGUGGACGGGCAGCUGGAACGCUCUGAACCUGCCCUGGCGAAGAUCGUACUCCCGGGCAUGGCCACAUCACACACACACUCACACACACACACUCACACACUCUGCCCCGGACACCCACAUAUCAAGGCGUCUCUCACACUAGCACACUCGUAGGCUGUCGGAGCUGCUGGUUGGCGUGUCGCGAGCGCGGAAUUUUGAAGAUUGCGUUCUUCUCUUGCGACUGAUCCACGUUUUCACUGUGACGUGUCAACACGUUCGUCUUCACACGGGGAAACCUGCCGAUCACGGUUGUGUAGUUCACUAACUUUUCAUGAAAGAUGGAACGUUGUCCUUCUAAGCUCACAACUAGUUUUACUGGAGAGUAUUUAUCAGUGACUAUGAUGGAAAUGGCUUUAUUUCUAUAUCAUCUUGUCUCAACAGAAGCACUGCUGUUCAAAUCAAAUAAUGAAGUAACUGUACUAAGUAACGACUUUCUGUCUGUCUUUUUUUCUUUUUGUUAUUAUUCUUAGUCACUUUAUAGUCACUUUCUACUCAACAGGAUGAAUCAAGCCAAGGUCUUAGCUAUGUUUGUUGAUUUAUAAAGUAAACCUUUUUAUAUAACGUCAACGUGAAGCUGUUCCUCUUUUUCCUGCUGACCUGGAUGUGGUUCAAACCAUGUCCUGUGUCGUAGCAAAUGAUAUCAGCCAUUUAACUCAAUCAUUUGGAUAGCCCUGGAUCACCUGUAGCCUGACUCUCAUUCUCUUCUAUCUUACUGUACUCUACUGAUACACGACAAUGGGCCAAGCAUUGAGACAUUGCUUGUGUACAUUUGAAGGGUUUCAUUUUGAUUUCCAGACUCGGAACACUCAGACUGUGAUCAGAUGUACUUUUGUCUACUAGUUUUGGGAUAGCCACUGUAUUCAUAAUCCAUACAUUUUAUAAAGUGUAGCCUCAUCUCAUUUUAAAUCAACAGCCAAAAGCAGAUGAAUGACACUGAGCUGGGUGUUUCAUGUUGGUGUUUCAGCCACCUUUUAACUGUACUAUGCAAACUAGCACAUGCGCUUCUCAGGUUCACAGCCCAGAUUCCCAUAGAUCAGUUUUGGACAUCAAACCUUCAAGCCAUUGUGUUAUCCAGUAUCGGCCUAUGUGGUAUGUAAAUACUACAUGCCAUUCUUGUGUGUCUAAAAUCCUAUCAUCUACUUAUGUUUUGCAUUGAAACAUGGAACUAUGAAACACUAAAAUAAGCAGUUCCGUUUUUUGUGUUGAAAUAAAGUUGCUAAUUUGAGAAAA